AUGGAGAGGACCCCACAAGAAUGUGCCAGUGGACAGGCUGAGGGUGAAAGUGACCCCAUGGAAGGGCUGAGUCUUGGACCCAGGACCAGAGCACAGGCAGGGACCCUCCCAAAACCCACCCUCUGGGCUGAGCCAGACUCUGUGAUCCCCCAGGGGAGCCCUGUGACCAUCUGGUGUCAGGCAACCCUAGAGGUCAGCGAGUACCAACUGUAUAAAGAAGGUUGGACAGCAUUCAUAGACAUGGAGAGCACCACAGAUCCUGGGAUCAAGGGCAAGUUCAACAUCACAUCCAUAUCAGAGCAUCAUGCAGGAAGAUAUUACUGUCAAUAUAGCAACUUUACUGGGUGGUCAGAAUACAGUGAUUCCCUGGAGCUGGUGGUGUCAGUCUACAGCAAACCCAUCCUCUCAGCCCUGACUAGCCCUGUUGUGAUAUCAGGAGGAAAGGUGACCCUCCAGUGUGUCUCACAGUUGGGAUUUGGAAAGUUUAUUUUGAUUCAGGAAGGAGAACACAAGGUCUCCUGGAACCAGAAUUUACAGAAACACUACUAUGGGCAUGUCCAGGCUCUGUUCUCUGUGGGUCCCGUGACUCCCAGCCAAAGGUGGAUGUUCAGAUGCUAUGGCUAUUACUUAAAUAAUCCCCAGGUGUGGUCAGAACCAAGCGAUCCCCUGGACAUCCUGAUCCCAGGAGUGUCUAGGAAGCCCUCCCUCCUGACUCAGCAGGGCCCUUUCGUGGCACCUGGAGAAAGCCUGAUCCUCCAGUGUCGCUCUGAUGUCACCUACGACAGGUUUGCCCUGUCCAAGGAAGGGCAAAAAGACCUCAUUCAGCACCCUGGCAGGCAGUGCCCAGAUGGGCUUUCUCAGGCUGAAUUCCCCCUGGGCCCUGUGAUCAGCUUCCACAGGAGCCGGUACAGAUUCUAUGGUGGACACAACCUCUCCUCCGAUUGGUCGACCCCCAGUGACCCCCUUGACAUCCUGAUCUCAGGACAGCUCUCUGCCAGACCUUCCUUCUCGGUGCAGCCAGGUCCCAUAGUGACCUCAGGAAAGAAUGUGUCCCUGCUGUGUCAGUCACAGAGCCCAGUGGACACUUUCCUCCUGUCCAUGAAGGGCACAGCCUCUUCCCCCCUCCUCCGCCCCCCGCGUAUAAGUCCAAAGUACCAAGCUCAGCUGUUCCAGGGAGAGUUCUCCAUGAGUCCUGUGACCUCAGCCCAUGCAGAGACCUACUGGUGCUAUGCCUCAAACAGCACUUCCCCCUACCUGUUGUCAUACCCCAGUGAUCCCCUGGAGCUGGUGGUCUCAGGAGCAGCUGAGACCACCAGUCCAUCACACAACAAGUCAGACUCCAAGACUGUCUCACAGGCCCAGGACUACACAGUGGGGAAUCUCAUCCAGAUGGGCAUGGCAGGCUUGAUCCUGGUGGUCCUCGGGAUUCUGCUGUUUGAUUCAUGGCAUAGCCAGAAGCCCCCAAGAAGCAGCCAAGAGGUAAACAGGAGAGACGACACCAUACCAUUCAGAGUGACAGGAACUUG